ACAUCGUGAAACCUGCCCGGGCUCGUGCACCUCCGUUGAGGCCGGAGGUCAGCUACGGGUUGCUCAAUUACGCGUCUGAAACUAAGCCAAGUGCCAGAAAAUCGAGGGAUGGAUUCAGCCCCUUCCCAAAGGAGCCCCCGUCCACGAUGCAUCCCUCCGACGACAAACGUUCAACAAGAGACAUUAGACAUUACAUGUCUAAAUUAUGCAUAAUUUCCUGGCAAAGGCAAAAUACAUACAAAAGCUCAAUGCCAUUAAAUACAACGAAAGAGAAGUAUUAAAAAAAAAAAAACAAUUUCACGGUGGUGGGAAUCGUUGUUUAUUAUCAUUUUGAUAAAAAUAAAUGUCAUGUUCAUAUGUCAUGUCGCGUGUUGGACAUGAUCUAUGGGGAUUUGCUGUGCAAAGCAUCCUAACUGCAGCGGAGGACGCGGUCAUGGUGGAGCUGGAGAAGGAUGUUCUGCCACUACCGCCGCGGUACCGGUUCCGAGACUUGUUGCUUGGAGACUGGCAAUCAGAUGACAGGGUGCAGGUAGAGUUCUAUGUGAAUGAAAACACAUUCAAGGAGCGCCUGAAGUUGUUCUUCAUCAAAAACCAAAGAUCCAGUCUGAGGGUACGGCUGUUUAACUUCUCCCUGAAGGUGCUGAGCUGCCUGCUGUACAUCAUCAGAGUGCUACUGGAUGACCCGCGAGAAGGGAGAGGGGGCUGCUGGGGCUGUCCUAAGCGGAACUCGUCUGAACAGCCUUGGGGUCAGUUCGACUGGUCCCUCAUCAUUUGGGUGGACAGACCUCUCCCUCUAUGGGCUCUUCAGGUUCUUGUGGCUUUCAUUAGCUUUUCAGAGACCAUGUUGCUGGUGUACCUCAGCUAUAAGGGAAACAUAUGGGAACAAGUGCUGCGAAUUCCUUUCAUUCUGGAGAUGAUCAGUGCUGUUCCAUUUGUAAUUACCGUGAUUUUGCCCUCCCUCAGAAAUCUGUUCAUCCCUGUGUUUCUCAACUGCUGGCUGGCCAAACAUGCCCUGGAGAACAUGAUCAAUGACCUGCACCGGGCCAUCCAGCGGACACACUCUGCCAUGUUCAACCAGGUCCUCAUCCUCAUCUGCACGCUCGUCUGCCUCAUGUUCACCUGUAUCUGUGGUAUUCAGCACCUCGAGCGAGCGGGGAAUAACCUGACCCUGUUCGACUCGCUGUACUUCUGCGUGGUCACCUUCUCCACCGUGGGCUUCGGCGACGUGACCCCCCAGAUCUGGCCGUCGCAGCUGCUGGUGGUCAUCAUGAUCUGUGUGGCACUCAUUGUGCUUCCCAUCCAGUUUGAGCAGUUGGCCUUCUUGUGGAUGGAGAGACAGAAGUCCGGGGGAAACUACAGCCGAUACCGGGCCCAGACAGAGAAGCACGUGGUUCUGUGCGUGAGCUGUCUGAAGAUCGAUCUGCUCAUGGACUUUCUCAAUGAGUUCUACGCCCACCCCAGGUUGCAGGAUUACUACGUGGUGAUCCUGUGUCCGGCAGAGAUGGAUGUGCAGGUACGCCGGGUCCUGCACAUUCCACUGUGGGCCCAGAGGGUUAUCUACCUGCAAGGCUCCGCCCUCAAAGACCAGGACCUCAUGAGGGCCAAGAUGGACGAUGCGGAGGCCUGCUUCAUCCUCAGCAACCGCUUUGAAGUGGACCGCAUCGCCGCCGACCACCAGACCAUACUCAGGGCCUGGGCGGUGAAGGACUUCGCCCCAAACUGCCCCCUGUACGUCCAGAUCCUCAAGCCGGAGAGCAAGUUUCACGUCAAAUUCGCAGACCAUGUGGUGUGUGAGGAGGAGUUCAAGUAUGCCAUGCUGGCCCUGAACUGUGUGUGUCCCGCCACCUCCACCCUCAUCACCCUGCUGAUACACACCUCCAGAGGACAAACAGCGCCCCCAGAUGCUUUCAGACAACGCACAGGAGCCUUCCAGACCCUGACCAGGGAGGCCGGAGCCAGCUCAGCUGACCAAUGGCAGCGCACCUACAGACGCUGCUCAGCCAAUGAAGUGCAUCACAUCCGUCUGGAAGAGAGCAAGUUUUUCGGGGAGUACCAGGGCAAGAGCUUUACCUUUGCCUCUUUCCACGCCCACAAGAAGUACGGGGUGUGUCUGAUCGGGGUGCGCAGGGUGGACACAGCCAACAUCCUGCUGAACCCGGGGCCCUGUCACAUCAUGGGCGGCUCGGACACCUGCUUCUACAUCAACAUCUCCAAGGAGGAGAACUCCGCCUUCGUCAGGGGCCACCACGAGUCCCUGCGGGGCCCCGGGAGGGGGGGCGGGGGCAGCAUGCCCCAAACCAUCUACCACGGCCUGACCCGCCUGCCCGUACACAGCAUCAUCGCCAGCAUGGGAACUGUUGCCAUGGAUCUGCAGGACUCCAAUGACAGUAGCCCAGACAGCUCAGGGGGCGGGGCCGGGAACGCAGGGGGGGUGGAGAACGGGGGCGGGGCCGAGGGAAGGGGCGGGAACACCCUGGCACUUCCUGUGGUGACGGACGCGGUCAAGGAGAGGAGGCACAGCAUCGCGCCGGUCCUGGAGCUGGUGGACGGCGUCAACAGCCCGACCUUUGACCUGCUGGGCGACCAAUCGGAGGACGAGGGGGGUGAAGAGGGCGAAGAGGGCGGGGACUCGGGCGACACGGAUCACUGGUGGGGAGGGCACUCCGAGUGGGUGAAGGGUUAUCCCCUGAACUCUCCCUACAUCGGCAGCUCCCCCACCCUGUGCCACCUGCUGCAGGAGAAGAUGCCCUUCUGCUGUGUGCGCCUGGACAAGGCUUGUCACCAUGUGCCCUGUGAGGACGCGCGCUCCUACGGCUUCAAGAACAAGCUGAUCAUCGUGUCAGCGGAGAGCGCGGGGAACGGCCUGUACAACUUCAUCGUCCCGCUGCGGGCCUACUACCGCCCCCGCAAGGAGCUCAACCCCAUCGUCCUGCUGCUGGAGAACCCGCCAGAGGCCCACUUCCUGGAAGCGAUAUGCUGGUUCCCCAUGGUCUUCUACACCGUGGGCUCCAUCGACAAUUUAGACAGUUUGCUCCGCUGCGGGGUGACGUUUGCAGACACCAUGGUCGUGGUGGAUAAGGAGAGCUCCAUGAUCGCUGAGGAGGACUACAUGGCGGACGCUAAGACCAUCGUCAACGUGCAGACCCUGUACAGGCUGUUUCCAGCCCUCAGCAUUAUCACGGAGCUCACGCACCCCGCCAACAUGCGCUUCAUGCAGUUCAAGGUGAAGGACCACUACUCCCUGGCCCUGUCCAAACUAGAGAAGAAGGAGAGGGAGAAGGGCUCAAAUCUGGUCUUCAUGUUCAGGCUGCCCUUCGCCGCAGGCAAGGUUUUCAGCGUCAGCAUGCUGGACACCCUGCUGUACCAGUCCUUUGUCAAGGACUACAUGAUCUCCAUCACCAGGCUGCUACUGGGGCUGGACUCCACGCCAGGCUCGGGGUUCCUCUGUACGAUGAAGAUCACAGAGGAGGAUCUGUGGAUCAGGACUUACGGCCGUCUCUACCAGAAGCUCUGCUCCUCAACCGGAGACAUUCCCAUCGGCAUCUACCGCACCGAAUCCCGCACACUUCCUGUGUCAGAGUCCCAGGUGUCCAUCAACGUGGAGGAGUACGAGGACACCCGCGAGCCCAGGGAGCCCCUCCUCUUUCGGGCGGGGCCUCACCGUAACUCCACCUCCUCCGAGCCGCCCUCCUCCUCCUCCUACUCCUACUCCUCCUCCUCCUCGGACCACCCGCUCCUGCGGCGCAAGAGCAUGCAGUGGGCGCGGCGGCUGAGCCGCAAGGGCGGGCGGGGCUCGGGCGGGGCCAAGGGGGCGGGCAGCGCGGCGGAGAGGAUCAGCCAGCAGCGGCUGACGCUGUUCCGUCGGUCCGAGAGGCAGGAGCUCAACGCCCUGGUGCGCACGCGCAUGAAACACCUCGGACUCUCGCCCUCCGCAUACAUUGUUGUUCCUGUGUCAGAUGGGGUGACAGACCAGGGCAACACGCUGUCCUAUAUCCUCAUCAACCCCUCACCCGACACCCGACUGGAGCUCCACGAUGUUGUGUACCUAGUUCGGCCCGACCCAUUGUCCCUCGUGUCCGGCACUGGGGUCAGCCAAAAGUCCAGCGGGGGGCUGCGGUACGACACCCACCUGUGAGCUAAACUGCGAGACACUGCAAACGACAACAAACGAAGGGGAGAGCAAGGAGAAGAGCAGAGGAAACGGCUGUUAGAGAGAGAGAGAAUGAGAGAGAAAGAGAGAAUGAGAGAGUGAGAGAAAGAGAGACAGGGAGAAUGAGCGAGUGAGAGAAAGAGAGGAAAGAGAGGGAUGAGUAAUGUCAGGAGCAAAGAUGACCAAGGAGGAGGAGGAGAGGGUAUAACCUCCAAUUUUAUUCUGCACAAAAAAAAUGGUGCAUCCAUUCUUUCCCAAAGUUUCAGAGGCAUGGAGGUGUGUGCUAUAUUUUGCAAAGAUUUUGUUGAGUUAUGUUUGUGUGUGUGUGUGUGUGUGUGCGUGCGUGUAUGCCUGCUGGUGCAUGCAUGCAUCUGUGUGUGAGUGUGCAUGACUGGGUGUGUGUGUAUGUGUGCGUGUGUGUGUUUGUGUGCAUGCGUGAAUGCGCGCAUGCGACGUGCAUGCAUUAAAAGCUAACCACUGCCAUGACGAUUCAAACUGCCAAACGAACACUUUGCCAAAUGAACACAGGAGGAGACAGAUUCAUAUUUUGUUUGUGAGCGCUGGGUCAAAGACGCGAAACCAGACGAGCGGUCCGAACCGGAGGUCUGUGAGCAGAGGUCCGUGAGCGGCGCCUGUCCGUGACUGCAGCUGUUUGAGAGGAACGCUCUCUGACAGGAAGUGAUAAGGAGGGAGGGACAGCGGAGAGAGGGAGGCGAGCUCGGGGAAGGCGCGACCCGCGCCUGUGAAUCUGAACAUUUUCACCGGAAAUAACUGCUCUUCUUCUGCUCAUGUCCGUCUACACUGUACAAUCACUGGAAAUAAAUGCGGUUGUGGAAAAAGGUGAACAUAUGUAUAUAUUAAAAAAAUUAAGUAAA